UGGGUUUAGGGGCAAAAUGGUAAAAAAAAUCGCUUUUGCUCCUCCAUUCGUUAAAGGAUAUCAUAUAGAAAAUGAUAAUAAAUUCAUAUUUCAUAAUAGUCAGCAUGAAGAUAUUAAAGAAUUGAUGUGUGUAAAUAAUAUCGAUAUAAAUUAUAAAAAAAUAAAAAGAGGUUCAACGGAAGUAUCUGGUAUAAUGUUAUAUAAGAAACCUUUAGAUUUAACUAAACAGACAAUAUUAUAUUCACAUGGAAAUACUACAGAUAUUGGUUAUAUGACACCAUUUUUAUUAAAUUUAGUUAGUUGUAACAAUGUUAAUGCGUUUUCAUAUGAUUAUAGUGGUUAUGGAUUAAGCAAUAAAGAUCCUAGUGAAAAGAAUUGUUAUAAAAGUAUUAAGAUGUCAUAUGAUUAUUUAACUAAAGAUUUAAAUAUAAAACCAGAAAAUAUUAUUGUAUAUGGACAUAGUUUAGGUUCAGCUACUAGUUGUUAUUUAAUUAAUUUAAAAAAAAUAAAAGUAGGUGGUUGUAUAUUACAAUCACCUUUAUUUAGUGGUUUAAGAUUAUUACUACCUUUAGACUAUAAAAAAGAAAUGCCAUGGUUUGAUGUCUUUCAAAAUGAUAAACGAUUAAAAAAUAUUCCUGUGAUUCCUUUAUUUAUUAUGCAUGGUAAAAAUGAUACAGUUAUUCCUUAUCAACAUUCUGAAUAUUUAUUAAAAAUUGUAAAAAAAAAUUUUGCAAAAAAAGUACAGAAAAAAAAAUCACAAUAUUUAAGAAAUAAAGAUAUCAAUCAUUUAGAUACAAAUGAUUCAGUACUUAGAUUCUGGGGGGUUGAUAAUGCUGACCAUAAUGAUAUAGGUGAAAAAAAUCCGGAGCUCUUUCAUCAUAAAUUAGGUGAGUUCUUAUCAUAUUGUUGUAAAUUUAAUAUGAACGAAUAA